AUGUUGCGCCGGUGCGUGCGGGAUCUGUACCCGCUGCGGUCCCUCAGGAGGAUCCCCAGGCCGAUCUCCAGCGAGGUCCAAAGUCCAACAUUCGGUCAGCUCAGAAGAAACUCAACAAAAGCAUCCCAACAAGGUUCAGCACAGAAAUCUGUCCCUGGACCUAAAGAAGAACCUUCUAAGUCUGGAAGCAAGGUUCCAAAGCUUCUGCUUGGAACUCUGCUUGUUGGUGCUGCUGGUAUGGCCGCUUAUCAAGCUGGCUACAUAGACCUUCAGUUUAUGGAUGAAAAAUUGCCUUCGACCAUCAGGGAACAAAAUCUCACAAAGAUGUAUGAAAAUCUGAAGUUCCCUUUUGAACAAAAGGUUGAUCAGAAACAAACCAUGUUGGAUCCAAAGAAUGACAUUGUUCAGGAUACACCCAUGGUCCUUCCAGCUGAAGGGAUUCCAACUGCCAGUGAGCAGCCUACUCCUGCAGAAGAAAAAGAAACAGAAACCGUAACCCAGGGAACACUGCCAGUUCAAGAUGAGCAUGGUGCUGAUACUAAACUGCCGUCUCAAGAUACUCUCUCUGUUGAUAUAAAGCCAAAUGUUGUAAAUAAGGCAGCAGGUGAAGUUCCUCUUGGACAAGCUGACAAGAUAAGUAGCACAGUUUCUCCAGUAGAAUCAAGCCCAACAACGGCUGAAGUACAAAAGGAUCCAUUAGGUGCUGAUGUAGGUGAACAUAAAUCUCUUGCUGAGACAUAUUUACUACAGGAGGAGCAUGAUAUUCCUAAAGAUGUGAGUGCUAAGGAGACUAAAAGUGAUGGCAUUGUUGGUGGUGUAAAAGCUUCCGAUGAUGGGAAAAUUAUGCUGGAUAUUAUAGAUGCUAUUCAUGCCGCUGAAAAAAAGCAGGCAGAUACAGAUGCUUACACGUAUUCUGAAGAGAAAAGGAAGUUGAAGGAAAGAUACGAAAAGGAGCUGAAGGAUACGAGGGCCCGGGAGCUCAUGUACGCUGAAGAGGCAGCAAUUCUGGAUAAGGUGAGUCAGGAGCUGAAGAAAGAGAAAAUGAAGGCUGCUGCUGCAGUUAAAGAACUUCAAGAAAAAACUGAACAAAAGCUGAUGGAUGAGCUGCAGCGGAAGGAUGAGGAAGCAAGUCAACAAGUUGAGAAGGUACAAGAGUUGGCAAAAGCCGAACUGGCCGCAGCUCUUGCAAAGGAGAAAGCAUCCCAGAUCGAACAGAUUGCUGAAGCAGAUCUCAAUAUAGAUGCUUUGUGUAUGGCAUUCUAUGCGCGAUCUGAAGAAGCUCGGCAGAGUCAUUCUGUUCAUAAGCUUGCUCUAGGCACUCUUGCUUUGGAAGAAGCUCUAUCCAGCGGCUCGCCAAUCCGGACAGAGGUCGAUCAAUUGCGUAAAUCUCUUGAAGGUAUUGAUAAAGAUUCACUGUUAGAAUUGGCUCUUUCAUCGCUUCCAGAAGAUGUUCUCAAGUAUGGAUCAGAUACCCAGAUGGAGUUAAAACAGAAGUUUAAUUCCUUGAAGGCAACAGUCAGACAUUUCGGUCUUAUACCAUCAGGUGGUGGUGGUAUACUUACGCAUGCUGUCGCUCAUGUUGCUUCUAACAUCAAGGUCGAAGAGGACCCAUCUGGAGAUGGUCUUGAGUCUCUCAUAAGCAGAGUGGAAGACUUGAUUGUAGGAGGAGAUUUGACCGCAGCAGCCGACGCCCUGACAGGAGGGUUGCAGGGGACCGCAGCGGAGGAAGCAGCUGCCGAGUGGGCGAAGCAGGCAAGGAAACGCGCGAUUGCAGAGCAGACGCUCACCCUGCUUCACUCGUACGCUUCUUCGAUCACAUUUUCGUGA